AUGGCUUCAAACCCACCGCAAAGAUGCUGUACUCUAGGUGUCAAGCACGAGGGUACACCAACUGGAUCUACUAUCAAGAUUGCUGAUACCAUUGAGACCUAUGUUGCUGAGCCUAAAGAAAAGGUUCACAAAGAUACUGCUAUUCUUUACCUUCCAGAUGUCUUCGGUAUCUGGCAAAACUCCCAAUUGAUGGCUGAUCAAUAUGCCGCCAACGGUUACUACACCAUCAUCCCCGAUCUCUUUAACGGCGACCCAAUGUCUCUUAAUCCUCCUGAAGGUUUCGACAUCAUGCAAUGGUUGACCAAGGGUUCUGAUGGAAACAACCCACAUACAUUUCCACAAGUUGAUCCUAUCGUUCAAAAGUCCAUUGAAUUCUUGAAGUCUAAGGGAUACGCCAAGAUUGGAGCUGUCGGAUACUGUUUUGGUGCUAAAUAUGUUGCUAGAUUCAUGGCUGAAGGAAAGGGUAUUGAUGUGGGAUUUGUUGCUCAUCCUUCGUUCGUCGAAGAAGAUGAACUCCGUGCAAUCAAGGGACCCUUCUCCAUCGCAGCCGCUGAAACCGACGAAAUUUUCCCAGUCGAGAAACGUCACAAAUCAGAAGAAAUCCUCAAGGAAAUCAGCGCUACUUAUCAAAUCAAUUUGUACAGUCAAACUGUCCAUGGUUUCUCGGUUAGAUGCGAUUUGAGCAAGAAGGUGGAGAAAUAUGCCAAGGAACAGGCCUUUAUCCAGGCUGUGACCUGGUUUGAUGAGCAUUUGAUUUAA